CACACGAUAACGAAGGAAACGGCAUCAGUUUUCACUUGGUAAAACUUGAUAGCUCUUCACCUGAGUACCAGAAAGUCAUGGAUAGAAUUUUAGAGACUCUCCAUUCAGUUGAUAUCGUGAGUAUAGAACGGGUACAAAAUUAUUAUCUGUAUCAAGCUUAUCAGUUGCUGAAGCAAAAGAUGGAAUCUGACAGGGGAGAAAGCAACGAGCGACAAUUAUUCCACGGCACCAUUCCUGACAACACAAAGAAAAUCAAUUACUCAGGAUUCGACUGGAGAUUCUCUGGAUCUGCACACGGAGCUAUGUAUGGUGCUGGAGUCAACUUUGCCAGGGACGCCUCCUAUUCAAUACACUACGCAACUCGACCCAGUACUGGUCCUCAUCGCUUUAUGUAUCUAGCCAGAGUAUUGGUGGGUCGAUAUUGCUUAGGAAAAAAGGGCAUGAUGAAACCUCCUCCUGUAAAUCCUGAGUUUCCGGAGAUUCUGUUUGAUUCCACGGUCGACAAUCUGGCUAACCCUUUAAUCACUGUCGUGUAUCAAGACAGUCAGUGUUACCCAGAAUAUUUAAUCACUUUUCGAAAAACAGGAUGAAAAUAAGACAAAAUUCA